AUGGAUGGGCAGGGAGCCUGCAGCCGGGGCCAGCUCCUGCAAGCGGGGGAUGGAGCUGGGGGCAGUGAAGAAGCCACUGCUGGGCCCCAGGCAGGUCAAGUGUACUCCUUCAGCCAGCAGCCCCAGGACCAGGCUGUGGUAUCGGGGCAGCCGGUGACACUGCUGUGCGCCAUCCCUGAAUACGACGGCUUCGUUCUGUGGAUCAAAGACGGCUUGGCUCUGGGCGUGGGCAGGGACCUCUCAAGUUACCCACAGUACCUGGUGGUAGGGAACCACCUGUCAGGGGAACAUCACCUGAAGAUCCUGAGGGCAGAGCUGCAAGAUGAUGCUGUGUACGAGUGCCAGGCCAUCCAGGCCGCCAUCCGGUCCCGCCCCGCACGCCUCACUGUCCUAGUGCCACCCGACGACCCCGUCAUCCUGGGGGGGCCUGUCAUCAGCCUGCGGGCCGGGGACCCCCUCAACCUCACCUGCCAUGCAGACAACGCCAAGCCUGCAGCCUCCAUCAUCUGGCUGAGGAAGGGAGAGGUGAUCAAUGGAGCCACCUACUCCAAGACCCUGCUUCGCGACGGCAAGCGUGAGAGCAUCGUGAGUACCCUCUUCAUCUCCCCCGGCGAUGUGGAGAAUGGGCAGAGCAUCGUGUGCCGAGCCACCAACAAAGCCAUCCCUGGAGGGAAGGAGACCUCGGUGACCAUCGACAUCCAGCACCCCCCGCUUGUCAACCUGUCGGUGGAGCCACAGCCAGUGCUGGAGGACAACGUGGUCACGUUUCACUGCUCUGCAAAGGCCAACCCCGCCGUCACCCAGUACAGGUGGGCCAAGCGGGGCCAGAUCAUCAAGGAAGCAUCCGGGGAGGUGUACCGGACCACCGUGGACUACACGUACUUCUCAGAGCCCAUCUCCUGCGAGGCAACCAACGCCCUGGGCAGCACCAACGUCAGCCGCAACGUCGACGUCUACUUCGGGCCCAGGAUGACCACGGAACCCCAAUCCCUGCUCGUGGAUCUGGGCUCCGACGCCGUCUUCAGCUGCGCCUGGACAGGCAACCCGUCCCUGACCAUCGUCUGGAUGAAGCGGGGCUCUGGCGUGGUCCUGAGCAAUGAGAAGACCCUGACCCUCAAAACCGUCCGCCAGGAGGACGCGGGGAAGUACGUGUGCCGAGCUGUGGUGCCCCGGGUAGGGGCCGGGGAGCGAGAAGUGACCCUAACUGUCAAUGGACCCCCCAUCAUCUCCAGCACCCAGACCCAGCACGCCCUCCACGGGGAGAAGGGCCAAAUCAAGUGCUUCAUCCGGAGCACGCCGCCACCCGACCGCAUCGCCUGGUCCUGGAAGGAGAACGUGCUGGAGUCGGGGACCUCGGGCCGCUACACGGUGGAGACGGUCAGCACCGAGGAGGGCGUCAUCUCCACGCUGACCAUCAGCAACAUCGUGCGGGCCGACUUCCAGACCAUCUACAACUGCACCGCCUGGAACAGCUUCGGCUCCGACACGGAGAUCAUCCGGCUCAAGGAGCAAGGUUCGGAAAUGAAGUCGGGAGCCGGGCUGGAAGCAGAGGCUGUGCCGAUGGCCGUCAUCAUCGGGGUGGCCGUAGGAGCUGGCGUGGCCUUCCUCGUCCUUCUGGCAACCAUUGUGGCCUUCUGCUGUGCCCGCUCCCAGAGAAGUACGGGAGGGAGACCCGGGAGCUCAGGGAGGGGGACAGAGAAAAAGGCCAGGCUUAGACUGCCCCGGAGAGCAAAUCUCAAAGGUGUCGUGUCAGCCAAGAAUGACAUCCGGGUGGAGAUUGUCCACAAGGAACCUGCCUCUGGCCGGGAGGCUGAGGAACACCCCACCAUCAAGCAGCUGAUGAUGGACCGGGGUGAAUUCCAGCAAGACUCAGUCCUGAAGCAGCUGGAGGUGCUCAAAGAAGAGGAGAAGGAGUUUCAGAACCUGAAGGACCCCACCAAUGGCUACUACAGCGUCAACACCUUCAAGGAGCACCACUCGACCCCCGCCAUCUCGCUGUCCGGCUGCCAGGCCGACCUGCGCCCCGCGGGCAAGCAGCGAGUGCCCACGGGCAUGUCCUUCACCAACAUCUACAGCACGCUGAGCGGCCAGGGCCGCCUCUACGACUACGGGCAGAGGUUCGUGCUGGGCACGGGCAGCUCGUCCAUCGAGCUCUGUGAGCGGGAGUUCCAGCGGGGCUCGCUCAGCGACAGCAGCUCCUUCCUGGACACGCAGUGCGACAGCAGCGUCAGCAGCAGCGGCAAGCAGGACGGCUACGUGCAGUUCGAUAAGGCGAGCAAGGCCUCGGCCUCCUCCUCUCACCACUCCCAGUCAUCUUCCCAGAACUCCGACCCCAGCCGGCCCCUGCAGCGGCGGAUGCAGACUCACGUCUGAGGAUCCCGGACCGAGGGCGGGGCGG